AUGGGGAACGUACUGCUUCUUGUGGGCUGGAUUAUUGGAGGCGCCAUCCUUCAAUUCUUCCUCCUUGCUAUUUACAAUGUCUUCUUCCAUCCUUGCCGCAAAUUCCCGGGCCCAAAAAUUGCUGCAGCUACCGGAUUUUUUUAUCAUUACAAAUGUCUAAAGGGCGAGGAAGCUGCAUGGCAGAAGGAAAUGCAUAGAAAGUACGGAGACAUUGUCCGCCUUUCACCUGAUCGAUUGUCUUUCGUGACAGCCGAGGCCUGGAGAGACAUUGCCGGCUCCUCAGUUGGGAAACGCCUUGAGAAUCGGAAGGAUCCGUUAAUGUUUCCACCAAACCUUAAAGGCAUGCGAUCUUUGGCCUCGGAAUAUAGGACAGAAGUCCACAGGCCCCGACGAAGAUUGUAUCAGAACGCGUUCAGCGAAAAAGCCUUGAGGAAACAAGAGCCUGUGAUUCUCGGUUAUGUUGACUUGCUCGUCAAGGUUGUCAAGGAAGCUGCCAAAAACGAUUCAAACAGCAAAGUGGACAUCCAGAAGCUGCUCAACUGCUGUACGUUUGACGUGAUGGCAGACCUGACAUUCGGGGAGCCUCUCGGUCUACUUGAGCAAUCCGAGUUGAGCGAAUGGGUCGCACAGAUCUUUGGCAGCAUAAGAUUGACGUCGAUUAAGCGCAUCAUCAUGGAAUACCCAAUCAUUGAGCGUUUAAUCGAAGCCAUCACACCCGCGUCUCUCAAAGCUGCAGCACUAGCACACUACAACUAUUCUGCCCAGCGUGUCGAGAAGCGACUCGCAAAGGGAAUCGACAUUGGCAAACCGGAUAUCUGGUCGCUGGUCAUGACCAAGAAUGAGCAAGACGAGAUACCAAAAGAGAUCAUGGUGGCCGAUGCUGCAACAUUCAUGGUUGCAGGAACAGAGACAACGGCUUCGACACUCACCAUCCUUUUCUACCUCUGUCUCACGCAUCCAGAGCAGAUGCAAAGGCUCCAGGCAGAAGUACGUGCUCUGCGCGAGGAUGAAUUGACUCUCGAUAGAGUGCAACACCUAUCCUUCAUGGCCGCAUGCAUCAAGGAGAGUCUGCGCGUCCACCCCGUCGUUCCCAUUCCUCUCUUCCGCAAGACUCCAAAGGGCGGCAACGCCAUCGACGGACAGUGGGUCCCAGAGAAUACUCGCGUUGCUGUUUCCCAACUCGCUGCCUAUCAUUACAGCUCGAACUUCAAAGACCCAGACUCCUUCAUUCCUGAGCGCUGGCUUCCCGGCACUGGCUACGAUGGCGACAAAAAAGACGCUUUCAACCCGUUCUCGACCGGGCCACGCAACUGUAUCGGGCAAAAUCUUGCGAAUUAUGAGAUGCGAAUCAUUCUUGCAAAACUCUUGUGGAAUUUUGAUUUUGAAUUGUGUGAGGAGAGUCGGAAUUGGAUCAAGCAGAGGGUAUAUGUCCUGUGGGAGAAGCCUCCGCUUAUUGUCAAGGCAAAGUAUAUCAGGGGAUGA